AUGCUUUAUCCAUUUCAUGGAAAAAAUUUGAGAAUGAGCAAAGAAAACUUUUACCGUUUGGUUGCUGAACUAGAUCCUGUAAUUGGUCCUAAACCAAAUUCACCCAACUACAGGCUGCUUAGCUCAAGCAAGAAGGUGGCUGUAACGUUAUACUACCUUAAGGACACUGGCUCUUUGUGGAUGACUGCUAAUACUUUUGGCAUUCAUCAGUGUACAGCCUCUAAAGUCAUUAAGGAAGUGUGUUCUGCUAUCAACAAAUUAUUAGGGCCCAAAUACAUUUUCUUGCCAAAGAAUGAGAAAGAAAUGAGGAAAAAAGCUUCUGAAUUUGAAUUAAAAUUUGGUAUGGUGCAAGCCUUUGGACUGAUUGAUGGUACUCACAUUCCAAUCAAAUGCCCACCAGAAAAUUCUCAAGAUUUUUUUAAUUACAAACAGUAUUUUUCUCUCAAUGUCCAAGCUGUUUGUGACAGUAAGGGUUACUUUAUGGAUGUAGAGUGUAGGUGGCCUGGAUCAGUGCAUGAUGCAAAAGUGUUUGCAAAUUCAUCUGUUUGUAAAAGGCUUAACAGCAGACAGUUACCAAUCACCUACCUCACACUUUUACCAGGUCAUGAUCCAGUUCCAAAUUAUCUUAUAGGGGAUCCAGCAUACCCCUUAACACAAUUUUGUCUAAAGGAGUACCAAACAUGCACAGACAAUGCCCAGAUAAUAUUUAAUAGUAUGCUCAGAUCAGCAAGAAAUCAAAUUGAAUGUGCUUUUGGCAGACUCAAAGCUCGUUGGGGUUUCCUCAACCGAAAAGUGGACAUAAAGUUUGAUUUACUUCCAACAGUCAUAUACAGUUGUUUUGUAUUGCAUAAUUUCUGCGAACAAAAUGGUGACUUCUUACUAAAUGAAAAGGAAAUUUACUUGCAGGUGUUACAACAUGUACAAGAUGAAGAUACUACACCAAAUGUGCCUGAUCAAAUAUAUUCAUGUAACAACUUAGAUGGUGAAACUGUUCGUUCACUACUAACAGAUUACAUUACCCAUAACUUGCCUUAUAACUAUUAUUAA